ACUACGCAUGUCUACAGGUUACGCGCCAACAUCAGCAGCACAAGAAGUAAAAUUGGAACCAUAGAUUGAUGAGUCUGGAACUUGUUUUCCGCACUCUGGAUUUCACACAUAUUUAGGUAACCAUUCCGGUUAUAAAUAUAUUACUAACAAUGCGCAUUUACUUCUGUGGUAGCAUUCGUGGAGGUAGACAAGAUGUUGUUGUUUAUCAGAGAAUUCUGAAGAAGUUAGAGAAAUAUGGGCAAGUUCUGACAGAACACGUGGGUUAUGGUGAUCUUUCAGAAAAAGGUGAGGACUCUGUAGGGGGCGGAGAAAAGGCUAUUCACCACAGAGACCUGGAAUGGCUUGAACAGUCUGAUGUAAUCAUAGCUGAGGUGACCCAGCCGUCUCUGGGAGUGGGCUAUGAGCUGGGCAGGGCUGUGGCCAUGCACAAGAGGAUCCUCUGUCUGUUCCGCCCCGAGUCUGGCAGAGUGCUGUCUGCCAUGGUCAGAGGGGCUGACGAUGGCUCUCUCUUUCAAGUGCUUGACUACUCGGAGGAGGAAGUGGAAGGCAUCCUGGAACACUACUUUGAUAAGCUUACCAAAGUCUGAUGGUCCUAUAGCCACUCAGUGUUGCUCCUGGUAAACAAAUGUAGUUUGUGUAAUGAUGCAAGUUUUAUGUAAUAGCCUAGAUGUAUCAAUUGUGUGAUACAGAGAUUUAA